CAUGUCUGGUCGCGGUAAAGGAGGCAAAGGUCUAGGAAAAGGAGGCGCCAAGCGUCACCGAAAGAUCCUUCGUGACAACAUCCAAGGCAUCACGAAGCCAGCCAUCCGUCGUCUUGCUCGUCGUGGCGGUGUCAAGCGAAUCUCAGGCCUGAUCUACGAGGAGACUCGCGGUGUUCUGAAAGUUUUCCUUGAGAACGUGAUCCGUGAUGCUGUGACAUACACCGAGCACGCCAAGAGAAAGACUGUGACAGCCAUGGAUGUGGUGUACGCUCUAAAACGACAAGGCCGCACUCUGUACGGAUUUGGCGACAUGGCACCCAAAGUCGCAGGAAAGAAAGGGGAGAAAAAAGCCGGUAAGGCAAAGGCCGCGGCUGAUGGAAAGAAGAAGAGAAGGGGAAAGAGAAAGGAAAGCUAUGCUAUCUACAUCUACAAGGUGUUGAAGCAAGUUCAUCCCGACACUGGUAUCUCAAGCAAAGCCAUGGGCAUCAUGAACUCGUUCGUUAACGACAUCUUCGAGCGCAUCGCCACCGAAGCUUCCCGUCUUGCCCACUACAACAAGAAAUCAACCAUCAGCUCACGCGAGAUCCAGACCGCCAUCAGGCUACUUCUGCCCGGUGAACUGGCCAAACACGCCGUGAGUGAAGGAACCAAGGCUGUGACCAAAUAUACCAGCAGCAAGUAAACUCACUUUGUGGGUUUCCCGCUAAAACAAACGGCUCCUUUAGGAGCCACCAAAUGUUAUAAAAAUCAAUGACCAACAGCAUAGUCUUUUGUGCCUGAUUUCAAUAGGCCUUUGUCGUAAUGCGCAUAAGACCGCUCUUACGACAUUCUAAGCCUCCCGCCUAAACUAACGGCGUGACUAAAGUGGUCGCAUAAACGUGAAAUGUCUACUGUGCGUUCCGAAUCUAUCUUAUUCUUUGAUGUUCGAUUCAACGUGAACCUACUUAAUUUCGUUUUCUGGCUCCUGUUCGUGUUUAAUAGAAAUAUGAAAGAAAAAGGCAAAUCUUUGUGGAGAAAUAAAUUUGAUAAUGUAAGGCGACUAGGUCACGCAGGAGGUCCAAAAGAUCGCGUAUUUGUCGUUCUCUUAUUUCGCGCGUGUUCAACGAAGUUUUCGCAUCUGAUAGCCAGCGGGACCUCGCGCGCGAGUAGUUCGUUUCGUGCGCGAACGUAACGUGCCCAAUUACCAUAUUCUCCUCGCGCCUUCUCCAACGGCACUCCCACUCCCUCACUAACUAGGAAAGGGAAUUUUGAAACACUGAUAAAGGGACGAGAAGCAGUAAGCCAGUGUGAUAUUUGUCGCCGAGCGGCCAUCGGUCGUGUCUAGUCUCGUCUUCUCAUCAGUAGUAAGUCCACAGGAGAGCGUUUUAUUACAAAUGGGAUAUCCGGAAGUACACAGGAUUUUAGUUAGCCUGCAAAUACUGUCACGUUUUGCAGUCUAUGUCACCUCUUAUAUCUCGGCAAUAUGAUGAUAACAAAAAAAAUUUGAAGAAUAAGCUUUUGCGCACACGUGUGGCAAGCACGUAGCCGUUUAAAAGGGGAAGGAACAAAUGUGACGCAAGGUUUUGGUGCUUUAAUGGAUUUUCUUUCGAAAAAUUUCCUGCGAUCAGCCUCCACACAAACAUACGCUCUCCAUGCCGAGAGUGCUAGCCAGUUUUUAACCUGAGAUCAGGGAACGCCUGAUCGCAGGUGUAAUAGCAAGUUUUAGGACAGGAAUUUGUAUUUUACCAGAGAGAUGGGCUCCUGAUUUUAUUUAGAAUUUGGCUUAUGCAUAGUUGACAACUGACCAGCAUCAAGACCAGAGAUCUGAGAUGAGCUGUAAACGUCUUUUAUUGAAGUUUCUUCUUGUUUUGCGGAGUAAGCAAAUAGAAUGGUAGCCGUAGUGAAAUUCAUAAUUAUUUUUUAGUGUUUUAUCGUCAAAGUGCGGUGUAGGGGCGAUUUUCAGCUUCAAGUUUGGACGCUAAUACUUCACCGCUUAGAGGCCCUGUCUCUCCCCUCCCCACUGCCGUCACUUUCUAGGUAUUUCCCAUUGAUCUUUGCGGGUGUAGUUCGUCUCCGCCAUUUUGGCACGUGUGCAAGAAAAAUAACGGAAAAUUGAGUUUAUCGUAAUUUCAAAGGCUUUUUCUUUGUUUUCAAACGGCUUGAGCCGGUGAUAUUUCUUGAUCUGGGUCAUAAGCCAAAUUUCUUCACCUUUUUACUUGUCGGAACCAGGAGGUGGAAUGUGGAGACGUUUGUUGACAACCUCUGAGGACCGUCCCUGGACGAAGAUGAGAUUUUAACAGAACACCAAAUGGUUCAUGGCUUCCUGCAGUCAGCAUGUAGCAUUUAUCCAGGUAAGCAAACUGAUUAACAAUUCUUGAUUAACUUAGUCAAAUAUUCACCAACUACCAAUUGUGGUAUGAAAUAUUUUGCAUGUUUUAAUUGUUGUGAUUUUUGCUGUUUUUUUUUUUUUUCCAUGACGUUUGUAAACAAAAUCGUGCAAAAAAAAUGUUGCUGCAAACAUUUUUCCAGCAAAUAGUAUCCAGCUCCUGAAAAUCCAUGUAAUCCAUAUCACCAGUAAUAAGCAAUUUGCUUCUCUCUACAUUAAUUAGAAGCAUGCCUUUUGGUGGAACUUCAAUAUUGAAUUACACUAUUACACAUUGUCAAAGAACCAUAUGAUACAAAGCUAUGAGAUUCCAUGUUCAUACAAUUAUAUUGAAAAUCAAUCAGCCAUUUGAACGACACAUUUGACAGUACCCUUCCCUGGUGAAAAUCUUUCAAGGAUCUUCAAGUAACCUUGAGGAUCUUCAUGAGGAUCUUUGUGAGGUUCCAGUUUCAGUUCCAGUUUCCAGUUUCAAAGUAUAAAACCAAACUCGACAUACAGUGUACGCGUGCAUUGUCUCAUUCCCAAAGGUAAAAUUAUCACGUGGUAAAGUUCAGUCAACUGGAAUGAAGUUCAUCGCAUACAAAGCUUAAAGUAAUGAUCGGCUCUUGGAAUUAUUAAU